AGCCAGAUUGAGAAUUUUGAUUGUUCCGAGUUUCCUACGGUAAUAAGCAAAUAUUAUUAUAUCAGGCUUUCUUGGAAGCUUUGGGUGUCUCCAUGUACUUAAAUAUCUUUCCUUUUUACCUUUGAUAAGAGAAUUGCUGGAGAGAUCAAAUCAUUCUCAACUGAAGGAUGGGUUGCUCCAAAGCUUUCCAAACGGAUGGACAAGUUCAUGCUCUAUCUUCUCACUGCUGGUAAGAAAGCUUUGGCUGAUGGUGGUGUAACUUCUGAUGAAGUAAUGGCUGAGUUUAACAAAGCCAAAUGUGGAGUUUUGAUUGGCUCUGCAAUGGGUGGCAUGAAGGUCUUCAAUGAUGCUAUUGUAAGCGCUGAAGAUCUCUUACAAGAAGAUGAAUCCUUUCUGUGUACCUUUCGCCACAACAAACAUGGGUUCUGCUAUGCUUUCUAUAAAUUUGUCUUAGGAUCUUUUUAUUACUUGUCAUACAAGUUUGUGUCAUGAACUCAACAAUUAAUUUACUAAGAGACAACUAAAAGUCCCACCAGUAAUCACCAUUUUUACAAAAAGUCCUUAACAAUGUCCUAAUCUAAAAAUAACAAUAAAAAACUCUAAGGACUUAAAACUAAGGACAAUGGAUAAUCAUGCUCUAAGGACCAAGUCCUUAAUGUGCUGGCAAUACGGAAUUAGUUCGGGUUUAGGAUAAAUGAAAAUUUUAAAUUUAAAUGUUGUACAAAUUUAAUAAUUUUU